AUGCGUUUCUCUGCCUCCAUCCUCUUGACUGCUGCCGCAGCCACCACCGCCUCCGCUCAGGCGGUCGUCGGCACGGCGUACGGCUUUGCCACCGGCGUUACCGGUGGUGGUGAUGCCAAGGCCGCCGUCCCCUCCUCCGUUGAGGAACUGGGCGAGUGGCUUUCCGACGACACCCCUCGCACUAUCGUCAUCGACAAGGAGUACGACUUCACCGGCAAGUCGGCCACCGGCGAGGGCUGCGACCGCAAGAGCUGCAGUGCUGCCAACGGCGGCCAGCUCUACCUUGGAGACCUGUCCUGCGGAUCCAGCGACAAUGUUGCCGCCUCUGUCACCUACGAUGUCGCCGGUACCGAGCCCCUGGUUGUUGGUAGCAACAAGAGCAUCAUCGGCUCCAGCGGUAAGGGUAUCCUCAACGGCAAGGGUCUUCGUAUCGCGAAGAACGCCAAGAACGUUAUCAUUCAGGGCAUCACCAUCACCAACCUCAACCCCGGCGUCGUCUGGGGAGGUGAUGCCAUUGACCUUCAGGGUGGCAACGAUGGUGUUUGGAUCGACCAUAACAAGAUCUCCCUGAUCGGUCGUCAGUUCAUCGUCAGCCACUACGACGGUUCGCGCUUCACCAUUUCCAACAACGAGUUCGACGGUGUCACCGAGACUUCUGCCUCUUGCAACGGCAACCACUACUGGACCAUGAUGCUCAACGGUGACGGUGACCAGGGCACUCUCGACCGCAACUACUGGCACGACGUCUCGGGCCGCGCCCCCAAGCUCGGAGACAAGGGCACUUUCCAGGCCACCAACAACCUCUUCAGCUCCAUGAAGGGCCACACCUUCGAGCUCUACUCCGGCACCGUCGCGCUCAUCGAGGGCAACGCUUUCGAGUCCGUCGACACCCCCUACAGCGGCGAGGCUUUCUCCAACACCUUCAACGUCCCCGACGCCUCUUCCGCCAGCGCUUGCUCUUCUCAGAUCGGCCGUGCCUGCGAGGUCAACAACGUUGACUCCAAGAGCGGCGAGUUCACUGCCAUGAAGGGAACCAGCGCCCUGUCGACCUUCUCCAAGCUCAAGGACUACCUCGUCAAGCCCGUUGCCGCCACCGAGGUUUCCAGCCUCGUCUCUGGCAGCGCCGGACCCGCCAACGUCGGCAGCUCCUCCGCCUCUACCCCUACCACUGGCGCUGAGGAGACUACUGCCCCCGUGGAGACCGUCGAGGAGCCCGCCGCCGAGGAACCCGUCGCCGAGGAGCCCGCCACCGAAGAGUCUGGCUCUUCCUCCGGUGUCACUGCUCAGGCUUGGGGACAGUGCGGUGGAAGCGGUUGGACUGGUGCUACUACCUGCGCCGCUGGCACGUCUUGCGUUGUUCAGAACGACUGGUACUCCCAGUGCCUGAGCUCUGCUGCCAGACGUAGCAUGAAGUCGCUCCGCCGUAUUUAG